UUUGCUAUAUAAUUCUCUAAUAAGCGUUUGGGGGUGAAAAUAGAAUUAGGAAUUAGGGUUUAGCUGCUGUCAAAUUAUUUCAAUCUCCUUCUACUCGAUCGGUGUUGAUAAAUUCCCGUUACAUUUACUUCAAUUUUUAUCUGCGGAUCAUUAGUUUUCCGGUCCUAAUUUGCGCAGGAUUGGUUGCUUGUGUUUGUGCGUUUCUUUCUUCAAUCAGCAAUGAUCUCAUCGGAAAAGAAUUCAUCUUUGUUGCAAUGUCUGGAAAACAGCAAUGUUGAUAAUGAUGACCUGAUAAGUCAACUGCCUGAUGAUAUUCUGAUUUCAAUUAUUUCACAUUUGCCUACAAAGAAUGCAGUUCAAACAAGCCUCUUGUCAAAAAGAUGGAGGAAUCUUCACAGAUUUUCACCUCUAUAUACCAUCGAAUUAGGCUGUUCGUACCUUUUAAAGCACGCGCUUGUAAAUACUCGGCCCGCUAGUAUUAGUAAGCGGCGCAUUGGCCGCCUUUUCGAACAGAACCCUCACAAUUCUGCAUACAACAUUUAUUCACUGGAUAGCUUCUUGAGGCUUCUUCAUUCCAAUUCCAGUUAUAAGAUCCAUUCUUUUCGUUUAGUUUGUUGUUUAGACAAAUCAGUCACUAGUCGAUUCGAGCGGUGUAUUUCUUCUCUAGGAAGAUUGGACUUGGAAAAACUCUUUCUUGAUUUUCGUUGUUCUCCAAGAACCGUGUAUACUAUUAGUGACCUUUCCUUUUCGUGUCACCUAUUUUCUAAAAUGCCAUCGUUGAAAUGUUUCGAAUUGAGCAGGUGUUGUUUGCAGCCAUGCUCGGGAAGCCAAUUUAAUAACAACAACUCCCUCCAAACUAUUGUCCUUAUGAAUGUUACAGUUUAUCCAGGUGCUGUAGAGUGCAUUUUGUCCGAGUGUUUGAGGCUCCACUCGUUGACAAUUGCUGUAUGUGUAGGUCCUCUUAAGUUACGAUUCUGUGGUCCCCAUCUAGAAUUGAAGUAUCUCUAUAUCAGUAGCUGUGCGGGUGCGGAGGAGAUAGAGUUGCAUGCGAGUAAUCUCCUCGUAUUUGAGUUUUGCGGUGAUAGAAUGAUUAACCUUAUAUUCGAUCAUGUCCCGCAGCUGCAGAGUGUAUAUCUUUCUGCAUACUCUAAAAAUAUUGUUCCUUAUGUUUUUGGAAGACUUGCUUUAGACCUGCCACACCUGAAAUCAUUGAAUUUUUCGACAUCAGAAAUAUGGCGUUGUAAUAUUAAGGAUAUGAAGAUUAACAUGCACAGCAACGUUAGGCGAUUGUAUAUCAACAUGCAAGGCCUAUCGAAAAUCGAUCUCCGUUUGCUGACUUCAAUUUUGCAACAUUGUCCCAUUUUACAGGAGUUUCACUUGAAUGUAAAAUUUAAUGGUAGUGGACGGCAAGCGGGAAUGAAGCAAGAAGUAUGCGAAGUAGUAUGCCAUUCGGAGCUGAAGAAAGUCGAAAUAGGUGCAUUUGAGGGGACGGAAUACGAGAUGGAGUUAGCAUUGUACAUACUUAAAAGUGCAAUCAACUUAGAGAAAAUGCACAUAACCAAGAGUUAUAGGCAUUACCAAAUAUUUUACAACGGAUGUAACUGCUCGUGGCACGUGGCGCGUAGCGAUCCGUGGAGCGAAGAGACGGAGGGAAUGAUUCGCAGUAAAUUACAAGGACAAGCUGUUUCCAAGACCGCGCAAGUCAUUAUUCAACACAAACCCACCCAUUUCCAAGAUAAUUAGAAACUAAGAGAAAUAAUUUUAUUUUUUUAUUUUUUUCCUUUUUUUCGUGCUCUCGCAAUUCAGCAUGAUUUAUUGUCUUUAUUUAUUAUUAUCUAGUGUCGAAUAAUAAUCCCCAGAUACAUGUCUAAUGGAAUUCCCUUUUGUUU